GAAAGAAGCGCCUAUUUGGUCGGGAUGUUUGGUUUCUGGUCUCGCAGCAACGACCCCGUCUCCUCCUCCCGACGAACAUUGCGUUGAGCACUUCCGACGGCGUGUCUCGCCUUAUCUCGCUCAUUUCUCCCUCGCUCCUUCCUCCCACCUCCGUCCGCCUGCAAGUGCCAUCCCGCCCACCAGUGAACACGUCAGCCGGUACGGAUCCACGCCAUGAUGUUCAUUACAAAAUCCAAGAAGACUACAACCCUCACGCUCCUUUGCUUCGCUAUCCUCGCCUUGGCCACUAUCUCAGAGGCCAAUGACUUCUCUCAACGUCGCGACCAUGUCGACGUACGACGCAUGAUCAAGCAGCGCUCCCCGGACCUGGCUGGUGUUUUCGGCCUCGGUGACGACCCCCCGACGAAGACCAGCUCUAUCGCAACUGCAAGCGCUGCAGCUUCGGCGGCCACUUCUGCGUCAUCCGCAACCUCCACCUCGGCGAGUGCUUCGAGCUCUGCCUCCUCGAGCGCUAGCUCUUCGGCAUCGUCGAGCUCGUCGUCUUCAAGCGCAUCGUCGUUGAGCGCCUCGUCGAGCUCUUCCAGCGCCUCGAGCACCAGCUCUGCUUCGAGCACCACUGACACUGCUUCGAAGACCAGUGCUACAUCUGCAGCUCAGACCUCAGAUGCGGCCACUGAUGCUGCGUCUCAAACUGCCACCGAUGAUACCCAGGACGCCUCUGCCACUGGUUCCUCCCACCACGUCACCAGCACCGUCUUCCAGACGCCGACCGCUUCUGCGGCUGCCAACGCUACGUCUGCGUCCAGCACGUCCAAGGUCACGAAGACUACCCUCGUCGUAAUCAUCUCGGUCGCUGGCUCCAUCGGUCUCAUCGCCGUCGCCUGGACGCUCUUCCGCAAGUGGAAGCUCCGCCCGUCCAAGGAGUUCGACGACCGCAUGGCCCCCAUCGACUGGCAGCCGACUGUCGACAACGACGAUGGGCUCCCGAGACACCGCCGCCUUUCAGUCGCCGGCCACGGUCACGGAAACAACACCACGCCGCUUAACCCGAUCCCGGACCACGACUUCACCGCCGGCCCGAACGCGCUUGCCCCGUCGCGUGGCCCGAGCCCGGGCCCGCAGAUGGGUGAGCUCCAGCGUGGCCCGAGCAUGGGGCGCGCGAACUACGACCCGUAUGGAGUGCCGGUGUACCAGGGCGGCUACGACUACAACAGUGCUGCGGCCGGCCAGGUGCGGUACUGAGCCGCGUCAGGGCUGCUGCGGAGGGACCACGUUUCGGCGCAGGUAGAAGACCGUUGGUCCCGGUGUCG